UUUAUGCAAAAUUUAAUCACCUUUUCUCAAUCGGAGCUCCCUAGCUAAUGACUAUAAAUCUUCUCAUCCCCUGCAAUAAUAGAGGUCCAAAUCCCAAAAAUAACAAACAGUGCCCCCACAAAUUACUAUGUUUCAGUUUUUCAGUUAUUACAGUUUCCUAAUCCCCUUCUCCUUUCUCUGCCUCUGCCGCCCUUCCUUUCCCGCCAGAAUAUUGCCAGAAUCUUCAUCAACUGUCAUAACCGUCGAUACCCACAACACCACCACCACCACGUGGCAUGGUUUCACUCGCUUCCUUGAUGCCGGGAAGGGAAGUCAAGUCAGUGGCAUGUCGGAGCUGAAGGAAUACUUCAACCGUUUCGGUUACCUCCCGAUUCCCGACGCGAAUAAUUUCACGGAUAUCUUUGAUAAGCAAUUCGAAUCGGCUGUUAUUGCAUAUCAAACUAAUCUGGGAUUACCUGUAACAGGUGAACUGGAUUCUGAUACAAUAUCGAUGAUCGUGUCCCCUAGAUGUGGUGUUAGUGACACAAAGACACAUGGCACAACGUUUCGAGCCACAAAACAUUUUUCAUAUUUUUAUGGUAAGCCUAGGUGGGGACGUCAGGCACCGGUGAUGCUAACCUAUGCGUUUUCGCAGAAUAAUACGAUUGAUUACAUAAGUUCAAACGACAUAAAGACAGUUUUCAAGCGUGCCUUUUCAAGGUGGGCACAGGUGAUUCCAGUGAGUUUCAUGGAAAUUGAAGAUUAUCCAUCAGCAGAUAUUCGAAUCGGGUUUUAUUACAGGGAUCACGGCGACGGACAACCGUUCGAUGGGGUUCUAGGAGUGCUGGCUCAUGCAUUUUCACCGGAGAAUGGAAGGUUUCAUCUUGAUGCAAGUGAAACGUGGGCACUUGAUUUCGAGACAGUUAAGUCAAGGGUGGCUGUUGAUUUGGAAUCAGUUGCUACUCAUGAGAUUGGGCAUAUACUUGGAUUGGCUCACUCUUCGGUUAAGGAAGCUGUGAUGUAUCCAAGUUUGAGUCCUAGGUCUAAGAAAGUGGACCUUAAGAUUGAUGAUGUAAAUGGUGUUCAAGCUCUUUAUGGGUCAAAUCCUAAUUUCACGUUUAGCUCCUUGUUGGCGUCGGAGAAUUCGUUUGACAAGGGAAGUGGUCUCAGAAAUACUAGAUCAUCAAAGUGGAACAUUUCUUUCGUGGUGGGUGUUUUGCUACUGUUCCUUUGUACACGGUGACACUUUAUUUUUUGGUGUCAUUUUCAGGGUUACUUUCUUUAUAUAUAUAUAGGUGUAGCAAAAAUUACACACUCAAUUGAAGAAAAAGAAUUCUUUUU